AUGUCAUACUACUUUGCAAUCCUCUCCCCUACCGACGUUCCCCUCUUCAGCCUCGCCUUUGGCACCUCCAAGGCGGGCGGAGAUGGCGUUGCCCGAUUCCGAUUCCCAGAUAAUGCCCCGUACAUGAACCAAUUCAUAGUCCACGCCAGUCUAGACAUUGUCGAGGAGCUCCAAUGGAAAUCACCUUCGGCGCGGAAGCUCGCGCAUCGCAAGCUCGCCGCAUUCCCGCUGCCGUCCUCUGUAUAG